AUUUCUCGUGUUUCUAUUUUACUCCUCUCCUCUCCUACCGUUGUUUUCAUUUUCUGAGAAAAGUGACUCCUGUGUGUGAUUCUGAUUCUGUGUGCGCGCUGACCUGAGAUCGCCAAACCGAACCAUGGGUUUCAGCGGUUCUUCUCGUUUACUCAAGAGUUCUGAUUGUUUCUGAGGGGUCAAUGUGGUUCUUUGAGAAUUCUAGGCUUUUUACAACAAGGAGUUACAUCUGAAGUCAAAAGCUAGAAGGGCUUUUUUGAAACUUCAGUUGAGCUCAAAGGGUUGUCCGACUUUGCUUGGAAGGAUUCAUAUGGCUCCCAGAGAAAAAGGAUUUGAAUUAGACCUUGAAAGUGGAGGGAGUAAUAGUGAAGAAGAUGCAAGCUUAGAGCUUGUUUCAAGCAAAGAACCAAAAAAGAAAUUCUUGAAUAGUGAUUUGAGUGGGUUACUGAGUUCCAAUGAAUCAGUUGUGUGUACAUGUGGCAUUGAAUCAUCUAGCAGUUCAGAGAAAUCUGUUGAGGUUACAAAUGACAGUGUGGAGUUACUAAUAGAAAGGAAUUCAGAAGUGGAAGAGAAUCAAGGACAUAUGACCCUUGCAGAAAAGGCGAGUGAGAAUGAGUGGCGUAGGAAGCCCAACUCUAGGAAUGCUCCUAAGCCACCACGACCUCCUAGAGGUCCAUCACUGGAUGCCGCUGACCAGAAGUUGGUUAGGGAGAUCACUGAGCUGGCCAAGAGAAAGCGUGCACGAAUUGAGCAAAGGAAAGCAGCGAAGAAGAUGAAAGCAUCAAAGUCAUCAUCUUUACAAAGUGGCAUAUCUGCUAUGAUCAUCACAUUACUGUUCUUCUUUGUCAUAAUCUUUCAAGGGAUAAGUUCCAGAAGCGUUCCAAAUGUGAUUAUGCAGGGGUCUCCCGAGCCAGCAGUCCUAACUGAAGGUUUAAUCUCAGUUCAAUUCUACAAAAGCAGCCUACCCAAUUCUACUUAUCAAGGUGUCGUUGAAGACUAGGUUUCUUUGUUCAGGCACCGGGAAGAGUUACUAAUGUUGCAGCAGUGCGUGGCUAUCUUUUUCUUUUGUAUAUAUGUACAGGCCUAUAACUACAAGAGAUUUUGAGAAAGUUUUCUUGUACGGCGAGUUAAUUUGUUCGGUUAAUGAAUGAUUUUACUAAUGAGAAAUGAAUUGCUUGUGCUCAA